UCAAAUUUAAGCCCGCGUUGAAGAUCAAAAUACGAAAUCCCCAAUCCGCCACGUUAUCUUAUAAACUCAUCAUAAUAAAACUUACUUAUUUUGACAGUUAAACAAAACGCUCCAAACUCCCAAUUGCGUGAAUGUGUGGCUCCUCCUCUUCCUCUUCUUUUGAGCCUGAAUGACGUGAAGAUUUUCACUGACCCACAAUCUCAAAACCAAGAAUCUUUAUCAUCAAUCUCUCUUGUUACUAUCUUUAGAUGUUUUGUUUAGUGGUUUUUGAUAAAGUAGCUGUUCCACUUUCGUGAAUGUCAGUAUGUUGGAUGCUGUGGCGUACUGCUACAAUCCCAGAGGUUAUGGCAUCGGUUUGGGGACUAGUUCCAGUAGAGCAACUUCUUCUGCUCAGCGUCCAUGUGGGCAUUAUCUUGAUCUCUCGUGUGCUUGUAGACGUGCGGUUCAUCUGCCAUACCUUUCCACGCAUCACAGGAUAAAUUGUCAUCUUCUAUACCGAUCAAACGAUGGUUUCAAGGGAACAGCACUGCCACCUAACUCUGUAUUUGGUGGAAAAAGAAUUUACCUUCUCAACUCCAGACGUGCCAAACAACGCAGAUUGAGGGUAUAUGCAUCAGUUGAUGUUGCCAGUGCUGUUGAUGUUAUUAAUGACUUGGGCUUGGACACUCUAACGUUCUUAGCUGUGACCGUAUUGGUGGUUCCUGCUUUCAGAAUGAUCAAAGCUAGCCCUAUUCUAGGUUUCUUCUUCGCUGGGGUUGUGCUCAAUCAAUUGGGCUUGAUUAGAAAUCUCACAGAUGUAAAAGUCCUAUCAGAAUGGGGAAUUCUCUUCUUGCUGUUUGAAAUGGGUUUGGAGCUCUCACUUGCUCGCUUGAAGGCUCUUGCUAAAUUUGCUUUUGGCUUGGGGCUAACUCAGGUUUUAUUAUCAACUCUUGCUUUUACCGCAUUUGAGCUUCCACCAAAUGGGGCUAUUGGAACCAGAAUAUUGGAGUUUCUUUUCCACUCAAGACCGGACUUGGUCAAUAUUCGAAGCAUUGAUGAAGCUGUGGUUAUAGGUGCUGCUCUUUCCUUGUCUUCUUCGGCCUUUGUACUUCAGCUUCUUGCAGAAAAGGGGGAACUUCCGACUAGAUUUGGCUCAGCAACUCUAGGGAUUCUUCUCUUGCAGGACAUUGCAGUUGUCCCACUUCUUGUGAUAUUGCCGGUGUUGGAGAGCCAGAAUUUGGUUGAAGAAAGUAUUUGGCCAAUGCUUGCAAAAGAGAGUUUAAAAGCUUUAGGUGGAUUGGGUCUGCUUUCCCUUGGAGGAAAAUAUCUUCUAAGGCGGGUUUUUGAGGUUGUUGCAGAUACGAGGAGCUCAGAAGCUUUUGUUGCCCUCUGCUUGCUUACAGUUGCAGGGACAUCACUGCUAACGCAGAAGUUGGGCUUCAGUGAUACGCUAGGAGCUUUUCUGGCCGGGGCUCUUCUAGCAGAAACAAACUUCCGCACACAAAUUGAAGCUGACAUUAGGCCUUUUAGGGGUUUACUUCUUGGGUUAUUUUUUGUGACAACAGGGACUUCUAUUGACAUGCAGCUUCUUAUCCGAGAGUGGCCAAAUGUGCUUUCGCUCUUGGCAGGUUUGAUUGUUAUUAAGACACUGAUUAUAACAGCAAUAGGUCCACGAGUUGGAUUGACUCUCCAAGAGAGCAUAAGGAUAGGCUUGCUUCUUUCCCAGGGAGGAGAAUUCGGGUUCGUUGUCUUUUCUUUGGCAAACAGGCUUGGGGUGCUGCCACUUGAACUGAACAAACUUCUUAUAAUCGUUGUUGUCCUGUCUAUGGCAUUGACCCCCUUACUCAAUGAUGUUGGAAGAAAGGUGGCUGAUUUUAUUGGUGAGAAGUUUGAAGAUGAAGGAAAAAUUGAUGGUUCAGUAAACUUUGAUGCCAGUGAACCUGUUGUUAUAGUUGGAUUCGGGCAAAAAGCUCAGAUCCUUGCAAAUUUCUUGUCCACUCCAUUGGCUUCUGGAAUUGAUGGUGAUGCAGGGUGGCCAUAUGUUGCUUUCGAUCUUGACCCUUCUGUUGUGAAGACAUCUAGAAAACUUGGUUUUCCUGUCCUGUAUGGUGAUGGCUCCCGUCCAGCAGUUUUGCAGUCUGCUGGUAUUAAUUCACCGAAAGCUGUGAUGGUCAUGUACACAGGGAAAACAAGAACACUUGAGGCUGUUCAGCGAAUUCGUCUUGCCUUCCCUGCAAUUCCCAUAUAUGCCCGUGCUCAGGACAUGAUGCAUCUGUUGGAUCUGAAGAAAGCAGGCGCAACUGAUGCAAUUCUUGAAAAUGCGGAGACAAGUUUACAGCUUGGAUCCAAGCUCUUGAAGGGGUUCGGUGUUAUGUCUGAUGAUGUAAGCUUUCUGAGUCAGCUUGUACGAGAUUCGAUGGUAUUACAAGCUCAAGAAACAUUAGCAAGAAAUGAUGAACAAGAGUCGAAAGUGAUGAAGCCAUUGCAGAUGAAGGUUACAGACUUAGUUGGGGUACGCACACUCUCAAACAACGACCAGUCACAGAUGGUUAAUCAAACAAGUGAAAGGAGCACAUUGAAGUCACCUGCAGGGACCGAACAAUCUUGUGAUGAUAAGCUCCAUUUGGACGAUGAAGAAGCCAAAGGCGUGUUAUACUGUGAGAUAGAUACAGGAAACAAUGUCCAAUCCUACACUGAUAGAGUUGAUGUGAAUGAUCCAGUAGGUGUCGCUAAUGAGGAGCCUUAAGAGUUUCAUUAAGGCCUUUGUUAAUAACAUUGAAUUGAUAAUCACAUUUGAGGGUAUCUUGUCUGAUGCAUAUUUCUUUAAUGCCUUUGGAGCAUUAAGUUUUGUAGCUGAGAGAAACCAUACGACAUGGUGGAGACCUCAAGUGUUAUUACAUUUGACAUUUUGCUUAACCACACUAUGUACAUAUGUGUAUUCAUCAACUAUGAGUGGCUAAUGCAAAAAUUUCAACAUUUCCUUUGGGGUUGA